AUGAACUUCGCUCCCUACCAGGACGAGUCGCCCGAAGUUGAGCGAGCCUUCUCCCCAUCGCUCGGCGACCCUCAUCGCGUGAAAUCGCCCAACCUUCGCUCUCCGCGUGCUUCGCCCCCGAUCGCAUCGAACGGACUCCCAUCCCCUAGCCACUUUGCCCCCAGCGGCCAUGUCCCAACGAGCGGACACGGAAACACUGGGUUUGGAAGAGAUGUAGAAGGCGGGCGAUGGAAUCUGGGGGCCUUUGAGACCAGUCUCCCGAUUCGGAUGGACUUUGAAGCUAUGCUGGCAUAUCUGCUUCUACCCCCGGCGGGCGGUGUCUUUCUUCUCCUGGUCGAACAUAAGAGCGAUUACGUGCGCUUCCAUGCAUGGCAGUCGAGCAUGCUCUUCACCCUAAUGUUUAUCAUUCACCUCAUCUUCUCGUUUUCGAGCUUCAUCUCAUGGACUUUGCUCAUCUGUGAUGUUGCAAUGAUCGGUUUCCUCAGCAUGCACGCUUACCGCGAUGUUGACACUCUUGACCACUUUGAAGUCCCUAUUUUUGGCCGUCUGGCGAAUUCCUUUGUCGACGAUGAGUAA